AUGCUGGGUAGUGCUCUACAGCCCCCUGUUGAGACUGAUGGCGGAGAUGCAGGGGGUGAGGAACAGGAUUCCUACUGGCCUAGCAGUCCUCAUCGAGAGUGGCAGGGUGGUGGGCAGACCCGUGAUGAAACAGGCGAUGAUAAUGAGUAUAGGCCUACUGUAGCGGAGGUCGAGGCGGCGGCGGCAGAGGACUCUGCAGCGGGGGCGGGAGGGGACGCGAAUGUGGAGGAGGAGGUGCAAGAGCAGGAGGAGGAGGGUGCUGGCCGCAAUGCCAGGGAACAUGGAGGGGAUAAUGGACGGGGAGGAAGGGGUCGAGGGGGUCGUGGGGGGGGACGGGUUGGUCGCGGGCAGGGUCGGUCUUCUGCGCGUGCGCAGGCCGUAGGCAAUGCAGGGGGGCGCAGUGGGGGGUAUGCUAGCGGCCCCCCAGUAGAUGGACGAGGUGGGGGGAGGGUUGGGAGGGUUGCGCAUAGUGCUGCAAGGGCUGGGCGCGGUGGCAGUGGUGGUGGGAGAGCGGCCGAGGCUGCGCCCGAUCCAGGGCCAGGGAAUGCACCCACUCAACGGUCCGAUGGUGUUGGGUCUACGCCGUUGCAUGCUGGUGGCAUCAGUCGGGGUGGUGGGACAGCGGGGAGUCGUGGGCGUGCGUCAAAGCGUCAACGAAAGGAGGAUUUGCCUAAGGAUUCGGUGGUUGAGGGUUUGGCAGGGAAGCACUACCCUGGUUUACUUGUGGGAAUGUUUGGUGAGCUUGAGGAUGGUUGUCGUCCGUGUCGGGUGUGUGGGGACGUAAUGGGAUGGGAUGGGGGUAGCACGGGGACUGGGUGGAAGCAUGUCAAGUGCGCGCACUACCCUAAUGUGCAAAUUUGGGUGCGGCGGUUCCUGGACCCGGCGAAGCCAAAGGACCUAGAGUUUCCUUGGGGCGGCUAUGGCGUGUCGGGCGAUGGGCCAACAGUGCCCAACCCGCACGGUGGUGCAUGGGAGCACGCGGCUGCCUGGCCGAACAUCCCAGCUGCUGCAGCCGCGGCGGGCAGUGGCGCAGGGGGGGGGGGGAGUGGGAGUCGUAGUGGUGUUGACAUGCGCGCGUUCAUGAGUCCAAGGGUGUCGCAGGACGAGUUACGCAGUGCUCUCGUGGAGUUGUUUGCUGAUGCGGAUCUUCCGUUUCGUCUUGUCGACCGAGCUUCGUUCCGUCGAUUUGUCGCCUUGCUGAAUCCAUCGGCCAAGGAUUUGCUGGGGUCACGUUACCGUUUGGCACGGGACAUGCAAGCAUUCAGUGAGGUGGCUCGAGAGGAGCUGAGGCAGGAGAUCUUUGGCGACGGUCUCGCGGGGAGGGUGUCCCUUAGCUUGGACAUCUGGACCAGUGAGAACCAUACAGCUUUCAUGUGUGUGACCGUCCACUGGAUCACUAGUGACUUCAGGCUACGUUCGGGGAUUUUGGAUUUCGUGCAGUUGGAGGGUUCGCACACAGGGUCUCUCAUAGCACAGACCCUCGAGCGCAUCUUGACCGAGGCUGGCCUGCAGGAUGUAGUGUUUGCUGUGACGACGGACAAUGUGGAGAACAACAACAAGGCGAUGCGCCUUCUGUCGGGGGACCCAGCAGAGGGGCCAGGGGCCUGGACAGCUAAUCCACUGCUCGACAUUGCGCGUCACGUUCGCUGUCUUGCACAUGUCAUGAACAUUGCAGUGCAGGAGGCAUUGAAGUUGGACGAUGUGAAGGAGGCGUUGAAACGCCUACGGGAUGCGUGUUCGUACAUUGGAUGGUCGGUCCAGCGGUCAGAGGCUUUUGCCAGUCUGCAGCGCAGGUUGGCAGGCAGAGACAACGCGAAGGUGCUACGUCUGAUCUGCGACUCGCCUACACGUUGGGGCUCCACUUACGAGAUGAUCUGCCGUGCCUUGGAGCUGCAGCAGGCACUGACGGUGUUUUCCAGCCGGACUGACGUGAGUGAUAGGCUCCGGCUACGCGAGCAGCUCGACAAAAUACGUCUCAGUGACGUCCACUGGGACGCGCUUGUCGAGCUGAAGAACUUUCUUCAGCCCUUCCACUCGAUCACCAAGGUAGCUGAGGCUUCCUUGUACCCGACAGCUGCAGCAGUGGUGCCGCUGUACAACCAACUGCUGGACAACAUGGAAAUCACCUACCGCGAGCCAGCCGUCUCACCCCUCACACAGGCCCUCAUCACCAAAGCCCUCGGCAAGCUGAAGAAGUACCCGUACGGCACCAAGGAAGAGUUGGCGAUCGCCACCUUCCUUGACCCCCGUUACAAGACCAUCUUCUUCCAGAUGCCCCAGUGGGAGGCGCUCAAUGCAGCGCAAGUGACAGAAGUGGGGGGAUGUGCUAGGAGUGUGCAGGGCGUGGAUGAGCCGACGGUGAUGCGCCUGGUGCGCGAUCGUUUGGUCGCAUAUCAGGAGAGGGUGCGCAGUCGGGGAGGUGGUGGUGAGGUUACGAGUGGCAUGGGGGAGGUCACUGACGGCGCUGGUGUUAGUGUUCAGGCCGCAGGGACCGCCCUCAUGGCUAUCAAGUCAUGGAUGGCGCAGAACACGAGCGGCAGGUCAUUGAACGUGGCAGGGGCUGCGCGUUUGCUUGUGGAGUUGUGCUAUGAGGCCGUGGACGAUGGGUUUUGA